CAGCAGAACCUCUCAACCUGAGUACAAAAAUGGAUCAGCAGAUGGAGGGAGAACCAGAGAAGGUCCCAGAGUGGGCCGAAGAACCUCUGACAGAUCCAUUGGCUGACCCCUUGUCCAUUGAUGACGACUGCAGUGGAAAAGUUGACGCGGAACACAAGGAUGAACACUCAACGGAAAAUAACACAGGAAUCACAGAAUAUCAACCCACAGAAAGAGAAGGCAUGAUGGAUGAGAUGAUCACAGUUGAUGAUGUGAGGUUCAGUGAGCGGAAUGAGUCUGACCAAGAAACUGAGGAAAAGGUCAGAAGUGAAUUCAGUGUUAACAAAUGUGAAGAUGGAACUGAUGAUGUGGAGAUGGUGAGUCAAAGUGAAAAUUUAUUUGAGAAUGAUGAUGGUGCUGCUUGUGAUAGUGUCAGAACUCCCGUAGAUGAUUCUCAGAGAGAAACAGAUGAUAAUGGUGAAAAUGUAAAUGACAGUGCAACAGUUGAUGCAACAGAGAAAAGUAGUAGCAGUCCAGAAAAUUUUAGAUACAGUAAUGAAAACAGCAAUCCAGGUAGUAAUGUUGGAAGUACCUCCAAUUAUGAAAAAACUAGCAACUUUCAUCAAAGUGAAGAAAGAAGGAGUGGUAGCAGAGGGGAAAAUAAUGAGGACAGUUUAGAUGAAAUGGAAUCUGAUAGGGAACAGCGAACGGGAGGAAGUGAUGGUGGGGAUGAAGAUGAUGAAAACAAAACAAAGAGGCUGAAGGCCAAGAGACGACACAUAAGUGGAGCAGAAAUUUGUGCACCAGCUCCAAAGAUUAAGAGGAAAUGUCGGAAAGAAACAGACGAAGAUAAAGAUAAGGAAAGCAGUAAAAGUAGUAAGAAAGACUCCAAGAGGAAAGAGGAUGGCAGGUCAUCAGAUGAUGAAGAGUAUUCCUCUGAUGAAGACAGUGAUCCUAGGCACAGGAAGAUAAGAAGACGUAGUGGCACGUCAGGCUUAAGUGCGAAGCCCAAAAUCAAGAAUAUGCGCCGCAACAUCAGAGAUAUUAUAAGUGAUGAUAAACUUGAGGAUGAUACUCUGACUGCUCAAAAGGAAGAGCAGUUGCGUCUUCAGCGACUUCAGGAGAAGAGGCUUGCAUUGAGAGAAUAUUUAGAACAACAACAGGGUCUUGGAAAAACCAUUCAGGUUGUAUCAUUCUCUGACAUCUUUUUGAGACAUACGGGCUCUAAGUCAGUUUUGAUCAUUGUACCAAUCAACACCAUACAAAAUUGGGUGGCAGAAUACAACAAUUGGCUUCCAGAAGAGGGUUCCAUACCACCUGUUACUCCAGAAGGUCUAGAAGUACGGGCAAGACAAUUCAGGGUGUUUGUUCUAAAUGACAUGUAUAAGAACCUUAAUCAAAGAGCAAGGGUGAUAAAUGAAUGGCACGAGCAAGGAGGAGUUCUUCUAAUGGGUUAUGAACUGUACCGCCAAUUGUCUCUGAAGAAACCCAAAAAGCCCAAAAAGAAAAAGAAAGAUGCUGAUAACAAGGAAGUGGUAGAUAUUGAAGAAGAGGACAAGAAUAAGGAACUUCUUGAUGAAAUCCAGAAGGCUCUUGUGAAGCCUGGGCCAGACCUUGUGAUUUGUGAUGAGGGUCACCGCAUCAAGAAUGCUCAUGCAAACAUUUCACAAGCUCUCAAAAACAUAAGAACCAAAAGAAGAGUAGUCCUGACAGGAUAUCCUCUGCAAAAUAACUUAAUGGAGUAUUGGUGUAUGGUAGACUUUGUUCGACCUAAUUAUUUAGGUACCAAAACAGAAUUCUCCAAUAUGUUUGAAAGACCUAUCCAGAAUGGUCAGUGUGUUGACUCUACACCACGAGAUAUAAAACUGAUGAGAUACAGAUCCCAUGUACUACAUUCCUUGUUAGAAGGAUUUGUACAAAGACGUGGACACACUGUCCUUGCAAAUACAUUGCCCAAGAAAGAGGAACAUGUACUACUGUGUAGAAUGACGGAAAUCCAGCGUAAGCUCUACUCAACAUUUAUGGCAGAGUUAUCUGCAUCAAAAGCAAUGGCUAACCCCCUGAAAGCCUUUGCAAUAUGUUGUAAAAUUUGGAAUCAUCCAGAUGUAUUGUAUAAUUUUGUUCAGAAGAAGAUUAAUGAAGAUUUUGACCUAGACUUAGAUGAAGUUGAGGGAAAAUCAAAGUCUCGACGCACAUCUUCCAUUAAUACUCCUAAUACGUCUUUGCUAAACGUACCAUCUCAUCCAAUUCCAAGUUGGGCUGCACAAAGUGGGCAGAUGGGGCGUGGAAACGUAAUGCCACAACAUCAUCCAACUUCUGUAUUAGGAAUGGGUCCCCAACCAGGUAUGAAUCAACAGCCAGGGAUGGGACCACAGAUGGGAAUGGGUCAGCAUGGUCCAAUGGGUCUGCAACAAGGUGGAAUGGGCUUUCAAGAUCCGAUGGGUCCUCCAGGAAUGAUGCAUCAUCAGAUGAGUCAGCUCAGAGAUAGCCAAGGUGCACUUGGUAAUUAUGGUAUGGGUAACCACAAUAUACAUCAGGGAUAUGGCAUGCAAAUGCCAUAUCCUUGGUACAACCAGGGCUAUGGUGCUAAUGAUCCAAAUAGAGGGCAUUAUCCUCCUUAUAACAAUCCUUAUGCUCCACAGUAUCCUCAGCACAACACACCAGUUAGUCAGUCAGUACCUGGAUAUCCUGGUUCUCUCAACAUGCACAAUUCAUCAAUGGGCAUGUCACUUAACAAUACUGGACAACCCAUGGGUCAUCCAAACCCCCCAGGACAGUCAAUGGGCAUUUCUAAUAAUUCUGGACAGCCAUUAAAUCUUCAGAAUUCAACAGGACAGUCCAUGGGUAUCCCAAACCCUUCUGGACAGUCCAUGGGAUUACCAAAUCAUUCAGGACAGUCCAUGGGACUCUCAAACCAUUCAGGACAGUCUAUAGGAUCCCAUAAUCCUGCUGAACAGUCUAUGGGAAUGCCUAAUUCUUCUGUGCAGUCUUUGGGUCUACCCAAUCAACCAGGACAGUCAAUGGGAACAGAACAGCCUAUGGGACUUAAUGCAACAGGACAAUCAAUGGGAACCUCAAAUCAACCUGGACAGUCCAUGGGAGUUUCCAAUUCCUCAGGCCAAGCUAUGGUAGCUCCAAAUCCUUCAGGACAACCAAUGGGGGCUCCAAAUAAUUCAGGCCAGUCUAUGGGAGCUCCCAACCCAAACAGACAGUCAUUGGGUGUACCAAAUCCUCCAGUACAGCCUUCCAGUCAACCUGGUAAUGGUCAGCUUGGUCAAUCCACUCCUUAUCCCAAUGGACCAAGCAGUCAGUCUUUGGCAAAUGAAACUAGCCCAGCCACUCCUGCCACUCCUGCUACUCCAGCAACUCCAGCAACACCUGCCCCAGCCACUCCAACACCAAGCUCUGAGGAAAAACCAAAACCUGAAUCUGAAGAAGCUGAUCAAGUGCUUAUCAAAAAAGAAGAAAUCAAAGAAGAAGAAGAAGAAAAUACUGAAGAGAAAAAAGAGGAGAAAAAGGAAGAAACUAAAAAAGAAGAAAUGACACUUGACUGGGCUGAAGGCCUUUUUAAGGAUUAUAGUCCUGGGUUGUUAACAACAUCAGCAAAAUUCCAAGUAUUCUUCCAGAUUUUGGAAGCAUGUACCAGAAUAGGAGACCGUCUCCUUGUGUUUUCCCAGUCUUUGUUUACACUCUCUCUCCUGGAAGAAUUCCUACAAAGAUCCUAUAUUCCAGGAACUUAUGAGGGAUGGCUCAGAAACAGAUCCUAUUUUAGAUUAGAUGGCAGUACAUCAGCCCAGGAUAGAGAAAAGUUGAUUAAUGAAUUUAACAUGAACCCUAAUGUUAGGCUGUUCCUUGUGUCAACAAGAGCUGGUAGUCUAGGCAUUAAUUUAGUAGGCGCAAACAGGGUUGUAGUUUUUGAUGCUUCAUUUAACCCUUGCCAUGACACUCAAGCCGUGUGUCGAGUCUACAGAUACGGCCAAAAGAAGGAGUGCCAUAUUUAUCGCCUGGUCACUGAUAACUCACUUGAGAAACGUAUUUAUGACAGACAAGUGAAUAAACAAGGCAUAGCUGAUCGUAUUGUAGAUGAAAUGAAUCCAGAUGCCCAUUUGUCAUCUAAAGAGAUUAGCAACCUUCUUGUUGAAAAUGAAAGUGACCCAGACCCUGAGGAUUUUAGUGACAAAACUGAGAAGUACAAAGAUGGAAUUUUGCAGGAGAUAAUACUCAAGCAUGGAGAACUCUUAACCAAAUGCCCAUUUAAACACGAAAGCUUGCUGGUUGAUCGGAAAGAUAAAAAAUUGUCCCGAGCAGAAAAGCGUUUAGCAAAGAGGUCAUAUGAAUUGGAAAAACAGGCAAAUAUCAGUUACAGUCGACCAUCAUAUGCUGCAUUCUAUCCCAAGAAUCAGCAAGGACAACAAGUAAUCAUGGGAACCAAAAUUGGAGGUGUGGUAUAUGCCAAACCAGUUGGCACUGUUAGACCAUUGCAAGCUGAAAUGGGUCAGCGUUUAGAAGGUGGAAACUUGAUUCAUCGGCCAAAUAUUCUGUCUCGUGGAGGACAGCCAAACUUCCCAGUUGAAGCUUUAGCUAAGCAGGGAGUAUCCGUACAGCAGAUUACUGUGCCGAAAGAUGUGAGCAUUCCAACCAAUUCUGGUGAUGGGAAGCCAAUUCUUCUCAAGUCUGGCCAGUCAGUGAUGGUCAUCAAAACUCAAAAAGGCAUCUACCUGCGUCUCUCUGAUGGCAAAAUUGUUGCCAUCCGUGUUCCUCCAGGAAAUGAGGAAGCAUUUGGCUUGCCACUGAACAAAGGAAGUGUUACUAUUGUGCCAACAAUUGUAAAUGCACCAAGGCCACGCAUGCAGCAGCCAGGUGUUCGAGGUGGCGCCAGGAGAGGGCGACCUCCAAUGGCAAUGCAAUAUGCUACUGGUAAUAUCAUAACAAAAGGUCAAAUGCCAGUCCGAAUUAUCAAGAAGCCAGUUAAUGUUAGUGGACGUGGUGGUAAGGCUUUCCAAACAAUUGCUAUGCCAGCAGCAUCAGGAGGAACCACACCACAAGCUCUCCUAAACAAGAGUGUUGUUAUUACUCCAGCAUCCAAGGCUAACACAUCUACAGCUAAGGCAGUGCGUAACAUUAAAUUAAAUCCAAAGGUUACAGUCACUCCAACAACAAAAGUAAGUGCAGCUUUGCCAGGUUUUAGUGGCACUGGUACAAUGGCUGGCAAUACUUUGCCAAGUACUAGUGGCAUGACCAAGGUUACCAAGAGAACAACCAUGUCACAACUAGCAAGCCUACAUAGGAAUGAAAAAUUACGAAGAGCAAGUGAAGCAAAGAAGGAGCAGUUGAAGGAAGCAUCAGCUCUAAUGAACAUUGAAAAUGCAGUCAAAUCAUCAGAUGAAGGAAUGGAAGAGGAAGAGGAAACAAAAAUGGAAAACACAGAGGUUUGUGAGGAUAAGGAGAAGGAUGGUAAGGAUGAUGAAAAUGUUGAAGAAGCAGAUACUCCUGUUAACUUAAUGAGUAAGAAAGAUGAGACUGGUGAUGGGGAUUUAGGGGAAAUCGGGGAAGGAGAUGGUUCUUCUGAAGUUGGACCACAAGGAGGUACUAAUGUUGGCAUGGACCUCAGUCUUGGAAUGAGUUCAGCACUACAGCAGACAACAGUAUCAUCAGGGGAGACACACACCUCUUCAGGAGCAGGGAACCAACAGUCAGACCCAUCACUAACUGGAAUGUCCCAUACAGCAGAUAACUCUGACCUUGAUGCUAAGUUUGACUCUUCCAAUAAUUCUGCUGAUUUAGAUUCAUCAGACGAAAUAUCAGCAAACCUAACCAGUGAUCAUGGUUCACCCUCAGUACAGUCAAAUGAAGUAGUUUUAGGAACCCCUUCCAAAUCAGCAGUUGGUUUCGGAAUGCGAGAUCUGGCAAAACCUCUCUCUGGAUCUAUUUCAACCAGCCUGGAAAGCCGAACAGGUAUUGUGAAGCCACAAGUACAACAAACACCAAAUAAACCCACAGCUAGCUUGACUCCUCUGCAGUCCAUGAGCAACUUACUCCCACCAGAUGGUCCUGGACCCCCUGGAACUCCAAACACAAGUCAUAAUUCAUCAAGUAUGUCUCAUUUGUCAUCAUUUUCUUCUCAACAAGCCUUCCAUUCUUCUCAACCACUCUUCCAACCAUUUUUACAACAGCCACAGCAGCAACAGCAGUCACAGUCCCAGCAACAGCAGCAGCAGCAACAGCAGCAAACAAGCAGUGCUGGAAGUAGCAAUACUAGCAGCAAUAGCAGCUGGACAAAAAGUACUAUGGAAACUGUAUCAAGUGCCAGUCUUGGCAGUAAUGUUGCACAAGUGGCACCACAUGUCCAUCAAGCAGGCCCAUCACCCUCAAACACAUAUACAACAACACAAUCUUCUUUCUUGCCCUCAACUACGCACGCCCUAUACAGUAGUAGUGGAGGGACAUAUGGAACAGGUACAAUGUCUGGAGUUGGUAGUACUUCAACUACCCAGCAAAGCAGCAGUUCCACUACCUUUCCAACCAUGUCAGAGAGUUCACAGCUCCCCCAGCAACAACAGCAGCAACAGCAACAGCAGUCACAGCAAAUUCAGCAGUCACAACAGAGUUCACUAAGUUCAUCCUUAACUCAUACAGGAAGUGGUUUAGUUCCAACUUCACGUAGCAGUGGUCUUGGAGGAGCUGACAGUCCCUUAAGUUUGUCCCACUUGCUAAAUUCUCAAGUUUUUGAUUCUGUGCCAGAAGAUCUAAGCUCCCCUCAUAGCCAUGCUUCUGCACUGGACUACCUCAAUUAUACAUUGUCAACAGGCACUAGUGCCUUCCGUCGGCCGGAUUACCAAGCCACUCUUAGCCCAGAUUUGCAGUCUUUAAUCAAUUCUGCAACAACUCAGCAACCACUUGCUUCUGCUCUGCCUAGUGCAGCCCAUGUGGCUUCUAACCCUUCUGUAACCUCUCCAUCUCCCUUCCCAACUUAUCAACCACCUACCUAUCCACAAUAUGCUCCAUCUUACCGUGCAGGAACUUCAGUCUCAGCCAGCCCUUAUGCUGCUUAUGCUGGGCAGUAUCCUCCAUAUCCAACUCAAUACCCUCCUGGUCUAGCACCCCAUGCUGGAGCUGCUGCCCAACCUCCAACCAUGAGUCAGUAUGGGGCUCUCCAUACCCCGCCUAAUCCCUACCAAACAUACCCAGCACCUCCAACACCUGGCAGAUCACCGUACUCCUCUAGCUUAGGAGGCUUCAGUCAUGGGCCCUAUCCCCCAAUGUGAGACCUUUCGAAUCCAAAGAAACUGUAGAUAGAUUUGGAAGGUGGAUAUAAAGUACCCAUUGUGUAGGUUGAGAAAGAUAUAGUUAUAAUGUAAUGAAAGUGUAAGUUUUAUAUAUUUUAAGUGGCUUUAUAUCAACCCCACUAAUGAGGACAAAUCUCACUAAUCUACUGAAAGCAUAAGCAACAUGCAACAGACAAAAGUUUGGCAAGACAUGGGACCAGGUUCCCCCCAUUCCACUUUGUGAUGAUAAAAAGUUUUUUUUAACAUGAUGGCUGAGAAAAAUAGUCUGUAGAAGAGAGCAUGGGAGGGAGUGAUCAGCACCUCUCCUCCCAUUGUACUUUUCAUCAAUAGGUAAAAAAAUAGGGGAUACUAAGCCAUAGGCAAUAUUUGAGGAAGCUACAAUUUCCUUCAUGUUGUGAAUAUGACAGUUUACUGAAGGCAAGCACAUAGUUGAUGAUCUCAUCACGUGUGAAACGCUCUUGGCAUGAAAGUGUUAUGCUCUGUGUAUGUCUGAAAGCCUUAACACUUGCCUGGAGAGGACUUUAGUAUGGUUAUUUUAUCUAGCAUCACUGGAAAACAUUUACUGUUUGUCUAUUGCAAUAUGCACCAUUGUGAUGGGGUAGUGUUGAUCAUUUAAGCACAAAACCCUGUGAAUUAAUGUAUGACAAAUGUGAAUGAAUUUUUGUGCUGCUUUAAAAUUUUAAUUGUCUCCAGAUCAUGGUGAUGUACAUAACAAAUUUCUCUUGUAAUGUUGUGAAAGGAAUUUUUUGACUUUCAAUAACAAUUCAAAGUCAGCCAAUGAACACAUUUAUUUGAGCAUUGCAACCCACAUUUUUAUAUUUAUUUUGCUGUAAUAUUUAUAGGUUCUGAAUGUGAACAUGCAAGUAGACGAUAGACUAUUUCUCCUAUUUUCUUGAUACGCUUACCUUGUAACAGUAUUUAUUGUACUAUGUACAUAAUAAAAAUGUCUUCAUAAUCA